AUGGAAACACUAGUCGUAAUUUAUCUGAUACUCGUCUCAGUUUCAGUCGCAACUUCACAGUCUGUGACCGAUUCGGCGACUCUCCUCCAGUGUCUCGUACGAGAAGGAUCAAACCCACAGAAUAACAUCUCCACAGUCACUUACAUCCCAACAAACUCCUCCUUCACCGCCGUCCUCCGCCGCCGCAUACCAACCUCCGUUUCGACAAACCCACCACCCCAAAACCCCUCGCCAUCGUCAGGAUCCGAAGCGGAGGCCACGACUUCGAAGGACUCUCUUACACCUCCACCGUCCCGUUCUUCAUCAUCGACAUGUUCAAUUUCAAAUCCGUCGACGUCAAUCUCACCGAAGGAACGGCUUGGGCUGAUACCGGGCUACGAUCGGAGAGCUUUACUACCGAAUCGCGAGAAGAGCAAUGUCCUCGGAUUUCCGGCGGGUUUGUGUACGACAUUGGGCGUCGGUGGACAUUUCAGCGGCGGAGGGUACGGGAAUCUGAUGAGGAAGUACGGAUUGUCGGUGGAUAACGUCGUCGGAUCCGGAAUCGUUGAUUCGAACUGGGAAUAUACACCGAUCGGGUUUCGAUGGGGGAAGACCGUUUCUGGGCGCGUCGGGAAAACCGUCGGAGAAGGAGCCGUCGAUCUUCUAAUGAAGUGGCAGAGUUUCGCUCACAGUACAGAUCGGAAUCUGUUCGUGAAGGUGACGUUGACUGUAGUCAACGGUACGAAGCCUGGUGAGAAGACGGUUUUAGCUUCUUUCAUUGGGAUGUAUUUAGGCCGGUCGGAUAAGACUUUGAACGUGAUGAACCGGGAUUUCCCGGAGUUGAAGCUGAAGAAAACCGAUUGUACCGAAAUGAGAUGGAUCGAUUCGGUGUUGUUUUGGGCCGGUUAUCCAGGUACACCGACUUCCGUACUGCUAAACCCGACGGUCGGGAAUAAGUUGUUCAUGAAGCGGAAAUCGGACUACGUGAAGAGUUCGAUUUCGAGAACCGGUCUCGGUUUAAUGAUCAAGAAAUUGGUGGAGGUUGAGAAAGUUGAAAUGAAUUGGAAUCCGUACGGAGGAAGAAUGGGUGAGAUCCGAGUUCGAGGACACCGUUCCCACAUAGAGCAGGCAAUUUGUUCAACAUUGAGUAUGUCAUAG